CUAGGUCCACUUGGUUGGUAUUGAUAUCUUCACUGGUAAAAAAUAUGAAGAUAUUUGCCCUUCAACUCAUAACAUGGAUGUUCCAAAUAUCAAGAGGAAUGAUUACCAGCUGAUAGGUAUUCAGGAUGGGUAUCUCUCCCUGCUGACAGAAAGUGGUGAAGUUCGUGAGGAUCUAAAGUUGCCAGAAGGGGAUCUUGGCAAAGAAAUAGAAGGAAAAUUCAAUGCCAAUGAAGACGUGCAGAUAUCCGUCAUAAGUGCAAUGAAUGAAGAAUGUGCUGUAGCCAUAAAGCCUUGCAAAUAAAGAGGAUCACCAGGCUUGGGCAACUGCUCAGGUCUGGACAAACCACAGAUCUAUAAAUUUGGUUCUUAUUGUCACCAAAGCUCUGGCCUUCACAAGCAACCUCAUUUCUUUUUUGAAUCGUUAAAAAGCCGUGCUGGAUUCUGGAUUAGUGUUGCAGGCUAACUGGCAGUUUUCAAAAUCACUGAGAUUUUAAUUCCUUAAUUGUAACUAUUUUAACAUUCCUGUGGGUUUCAGCUAUGGAUCUAAGAAACCAAUCAGGUGUUACUAGUGGAUAUAUUUUUAUUUGCUUGAGCAAAACAGUGUUUGUCUGUAUGAACAGACAAAAAUACAGUAUUCAGGGGCUUUUAGAUAAGCUGGUAGGUAUCUAGGAUUAUAAAGUGACCUAGAGCACAAAUAGUAUUUUUCUUGACAUGUUUAGGUAGAACUGACAAUAAAAGUAGCCUCUUUUUUUUUUGUUGUUUUUUUCUUAAAGCUUAAGUAUUUUGUGGAUUGGGACUCUUGCAGAACUGUAGGUGCCAAUCGCAACUUUUAGACCAAGAAACUCAAGUGAUCAAAAAUGCCAGCUGGCUUGACCAAGCCCCAGUGGCCAUGUGCAACUUAACUGUAUUACCUCUGUAUUCUUCUUUGCCAACUUGUUGGCUUAUUGUAACGAUAAAAUGGUGUCAAAGCCUACCUGUGGUUUAGGCAGGCAGUUGGAAUAUUGGGUAGGUAAGACAUAGAUAGGUCAAGGGGACACAAAGGUGAGAAUGGAUGUUAAAGCUAUAGACUUUCACUCGAGGCCUUUGUCAGACUUGAAAAAUAAAAUAGAAAAACGCAGUUCAA